AUGCAUUUUAAGGGCACUUGGAUAUAUCAACACCAAAAACUUAGCAGUACCAUUCACAGGAGCGGCAAAGUAAAGAAGAGCUCAUCAUUCAAAAUGAGGUCAAUCACAGCUUUGUUUUUCCUUUUCUGCUUCCUUGUUCCCUCUUCUUUUGCGCAGCUCCGAUUUGGGUUCUACGGACGCUCAUGCCCUCGCGCCGAGUCUAUUGUUGCUAAUGUUGUUGCCAACCGUUUCCGCCGUGACCGUAGCAUUACCGCAGCAUUGCUUCGUAUGCAGUUUCAUGAUUGCUUUGUCAGGGGUUGUGAUGCUUCCCUCUUGAUCGACCCAAGACCCGGAAGGCCAUCAGAGAAAAGCACCGGACCAAAUGCAAGUGUGAGAGGCUACGAGAUCAUUGAUGAGGCAAAGAGACUGCUCGAGGCUGCUUGUCCCCGAACUGUCUCAUGCUCAGACAUUGUUACUCUAGCCACCAGAGACUCUGUCGCAUUAGCUGGUGGUCCAAGGUUCUCAGUACCAACAGGAAGACGUGAUGGAUUAAGGUCAAGCCCCAAUGAUGUGAACUUGCCCGGACCAACAAUUCCCGUGGCUGCAUCCAUCAAUUUAUUUGCAGCUCAAGGCAUGAACACGAACGACAUGGUUACACUUAUUGGUGGUGGCCACAGCGUCGGUGUUGCCCAUUGCAGUCUCUUCCGGGAUAGGCUUAACGACCCUGCAAUGGAACGCACAUUGAAUGCUAGGUUGAGGAACACAUGUCGCGCUCCAAAUGACCCAUCUGUGUUCUUGGACCAAAGGACUCCAUUCAUUGUGGAUAACGCAAUCUACGGAGAGAUCAGAAGACAGAGAGGAAUCCUGAGGAUUGAUCAAAACAUGGGUCUCGAUAGAUCAACACGUGGAAUUGUGUCGAGUUUUGCAUCAAGCAAUGUGCUCUUUAGACAGAGAUUUGCUCAAGCAAUGGUGAAAAUGGGUACCAUUAAGGUUCUUACUGGACGAUCCGGAGAGAUCAGGAGGAACUGCAGAGUCUUCAACAACGGACGUUGA